UUUAGAGUUACUGAGUGGUGCUGCUGACAGACAUUUAUGUAUUCACUUCUUGUCUUCGUUAGUGUUGUGAAAGUUAUGUUUGAGUCAUACUUGAUAAAACUGUUAUAGACAUAUUACAAUUGUUCGUAUACAUGUCAGCUUACUAAUGAAGUUUUAUUGCAGUGAUUGUUAAAAGGAGUUCAGUUUUACUAGUUCUGAGAAGUCGUCUUUUAACAGAGAUUUUAUCAUAACCCCAAACCAUACUGAGUUCAAGUGCGAUCAAAAUGGCUGCAAUUAGGAAGAAAUUAGUAAUAGUAGGAGACGGAGCCUGUGGUAAGACCUGUUUACUUAUUGUAUUUAGCAAAGAUCAAUUUCCAGAAGUAUAUGUCCCCACUGUCUUUGAAAAUUAUGUAGCUGACAUUGAAGUUGAUGGUAAGCAGGUAGAGUUGGCUCUUUGGGAUACUGCUGGUCAAGAGGAUUAUGAUCGGCUCCGCCCUUUGUCCUAUCCUGAUACUGAUGUUAUUUUGAUGAGUUUUUCAAUAGAUUCACCAGAUUCUCUCGAAAAUAUACCUGAAAAGUGGACCCCUGAAGUAAAGCAUUUUUGUCCAAACGUGCCUAUUAUCUUAGUUGGCAACAAAAAAGAUUUAAGAAAUGACCCUAAUACCAUCAAAGAAUUGGCUAAAAUGAAACAAGAACCUGUCAAGCCUGAGGAGGGUAGAGCAAUGGCAGAAAAAAUCAAUGCAUUUGCUUAUCUGGAGUGUUCUGCAAAAAGCAAAGAAGGUGUCAGACAAGUCUUUGAAACAGCAACUAGAGCAGCUUUGCAGCAGAAAAAGAAGAAGAGGAAGGGUAAAUGUAGGCUACUAUAAGAUUGGUUUGGUUCUACAUCAUGUUUAUUUUAGUAUUGAAACAAGAGUUGUAUUUUGUGUUCCUAAAAGUCUAAAAGAUAUUAAAAAGUUUUAAAAGCUUUAAUACAUACAAAUUUAACUGCCGUGUUAUUUUGCUGUUCUUAUAGUUUAUUAAUGUAAAUCUUUAAAUGUAUCGUUAGAGAUUUAUUAGUCAACACAUCUAGGCAUAAGUUACUGUUUUUGAUCUUUUAUUAAGAUUAAUGAAAAGAAGUCCAACCGAAUUGAAGAGUAGAUAUACUUAACCCUUGGCACACCUAACCUAACCUUGGUAUCUAACUGAAUCCACAACACACAAUUUUUUUAGCUAUCAGAGUUAACUAUAAAUCAAAUGGUGAGGUACUGUCAGUUACCUGAUUAGUGAAUAGAGCUUAUGGUAAAUUAUGUACAUGAAUCGUACUACCAGUCACAUCAUAGCCUACCCAUUGUUUGGUGCUCCAAGGGUUAGGUAUUAUUUAAAAAAAUUGUAACAUAUAAUUCUAAUUUUAUGUGGUUUUUGUUUUUAAAAUAAAUAUGGCCUAAAAUGGUGCUUGGAAUGUAAUGUUUCCUAAGUUAUAAAAAAUCAGAUAACUUCAUCAAAAUAAGACUGAAAGACCCUAUAAACAGUAUUUUUCAAUAUGAUGUGUUUCAUACCCUAUUAGUAUUGAGUAUAUUAUAUUUGAAUGAAUAAACAACAAACUCAAUUAAGAAAUCCUUUUGCUAUAAAGAAAACAUUUUAUAUAUUGCUUAAUUUCUUUUGGAAAGACACAAUUUUCUGUUAGGAACCUAUUAGGCCUAAUUUUAAUAUCCUUAUUACCUACCAAAUGAAGGUCUGGUUAUUGACAGUUGUAUAAAGUAGGCUAUAUCAAUCUGAUCACAAAUUUUUUUUAUUUUAAAAUUAUAACAAGUUUUCAUGUAGGCUAGGCCUAAAUGUUUUAUAGAAAUUGUCUUAAAUAUGUGAAUAUUUAGUUUGCUAUUUUCAGAACAAUUUACUAAGUUAGGCUACUACAUUGAACUGUGUGAAUGGAACUGAGAAUUGAUGAAGUUGUACUUACCAAUCCCUUCAGAUACUUUUUAUAAACUUUAUAAACUUAUAAUUAUUUUUAAUUAUGAUGCAACACAAUCUUUAAUAACUACUUAAUUUAAAAAAAUAUUUUACAAUGUGUAUUAUCCUACAACUCAAAAUAUUGUAUAAUCUUUAAUUUUUUGGUCAAUAGUGAUUGACUGGCUGUUGAGUUUUGAAAACGGGAAUGUUUUGGUCUCAGCAAACAUCUUGGGAUUAAAGGCUAACAAUGCAAAUCUAUAUAAUGAGUACUGUGAACAAUGAAACAUAUAUAUUUAUGUGUUUUGUACCCCAUAUACAUAGUCAACAUAGUUAUUUAAUGACACUAGCCUAUCUCAGGUUCAGUCAGCCUGAAAUAAAACACUCCCACAAUACCAGGAAUAUUAUUAAUUUUAAUAGAUUGAGCAAAACUCUUGAAAACCAUUCUGUUAUUGCACGGAGGGUGUACAACCAUUUGUUACCCUUAGUCCUAAAGUACAAUAAAAAAAUAUUUUUGAAUAAAUAUUACUUAUGGCUGUUAGAUAACCCAUUUUAUGCCCUGGGCGAGUUCUUCCGAUUAAAAAACAGUUUAUUUUUAAUUCCCCAAUACCGCUGGCUGUAUCUGAGUAUUGUGCUUUAUGUUUGCGCAAUUUAAGAUAUAUAUAAUUAAUUAAUCUAAGUUUUAUAACUGACUUGGCUAUAUGUAUAACUAAAGCUGUAAUGAGACUUGGUCAAUGAUCUUUAUUUUAUGGCAAUAAAAAAUGUUGAUUGAUUGAUUGA